AUGGAGACACAAACACAAACAAAUAAUAACGAACAUUCUUCAGAUAUUGGAAUAAAAGAUGAUAAUACAACAACAACAGAAGAACAACCAAAAAUAGAGUUUAAUGAACACAAUAAACGAUUAAGAGAUGAAAAGGAUGAUAAUAAGGUCAAUAAUAAUGAUGAUGAAUCAACAUCAUCAUCACCAUUGACGACCGAAACUAAUAAUAAUAAUAAUAAUCAAAAUGUACAUAUCAAUAAUGAUGAUGAUGAAAAAGAAGAAGAUGAUAAUCAAAUCACAUCUACAUCUACCACUUCAACUACAACUUCAACUACAACAACAACCAAUAAUGCAAGAAAUAGAUUAACAAAAGAUGAAAAGAAAGCAAGACAUUUGGAAAAGAGAAGAAAAAAGAAACAAAACAAAAAAGAGGAAAAGAAAGUAUUUAGAGAGGCAAACGAUCAUUUAUCGGUCGAUGUAUUGUCAGAGACAAACUAUCGAAUAGAAGGACCGCUGAGACAUGUCGAUCCGUAUAGUUUUACAUUCAAGGUCAAUGCAAAGGAACGUUGGUUUGGACGUAAUCUACUCUCUAUGUUUACAGAGGAGUUUAGUCAGCUACCCGAACGAAUCUAUCGCCAAAAGAUUGAAAAUGGAUGGAUUAGAGUGAAUGGUCAGCAGACGACCGUAGACUAUUGCGUCGGUCGAAAGGAUAUGAUCGAGCAUCGUGUUCACAGACACGAGCCACCCGUCACAUCGGCACCCAUCAAAAUCGUGGCCAACGAUGACGAGUAUGUCGCCGUCGACAAGCCAUCUUCGAUUCCCGUUCAUCCGUGUGGUCGUUUUAGACACAACUCGCUUAUAUACGUGUUGGCCAAGGAGUACGGUCUCAACAACCUGUUUGGCGUGCAUCGAUUGGAUCGGUUGACGUCGGGACUACUCAUCUUGGCCAAAUCGACGGAAAGCGCACAAAAAAUGUCAGGUGCCAUCAUGAAGGGAGAGGUCAGUAAACGAUAUGUGGCACUUGUCAAGGGCAAGUUUAGCAACGAUGAGGUGGUGGUUGACCAACCUCUCAAAGUACAAAACCAUCGUCUUGGACUCAACAUGGUGGCACCCGAUGGAAAACCGUCGACCACUGUAUUCAACAUUGUGUCGUAUGACGCAGAGACUGACACUAGUGUAGUAUGUGCCACUCCAAAGACUGGAAGAACACAUCAAAUCCGUCUGCACUUGCAGUGGCUCGGUCACCCCAUUCUCAACGACCCACUCUACAACAAUGAUAACAAACCUUCCAACAACAACAAUAGCAACAACAACAGCAGCGACUCAACAAGAGCACUUACAAGUGAUGGUAUUGAUGGAUUGGGUAAAAAGGAUGAUCAUCAAGACGAUGAGAUCGACUCUGGUGGCGGUGGAGAAGAUGAAGCAUUCUUUAAAUUAAAUGUUCGUGUGAAAAAUGAUUCAAGUCCACCUAUUAUGUUUGAUGGUAUUGAAUGUCCAGAUUGCAAGAUUGAAUGGGCCGACCAAUCAUUAUUUGCCUUUGGAAUCUAUCUCCACGCCUUUUCAUACUCGAAUAAUUCAUUUUCCUAUACUACUGAUUUCCCGCAAUGGAUGAUCGAUCACAAAGACACUAGAUCUCAACAAGAAAUCGAUCAAACGAAAAACAAUCCAAAUACUGUUUAUCCAACCAAAUGCAAAUAA